CUACCGCUCAGUGUUAUAUCGUGACCAUCCAUUAGAUCCUCCAGACUGUCUGGAACAUAACACGAGGUUUUCAAAAUGUGGUGGUUAGAUCCAGGGAAGGAGGUGUUGAACGUCGUGUUCAAUCGAGUCCUCGCGCCAUACAUUGAGAAUCUCGAUCUUAACCAAGUGAACUAUGGGAUCGGCCAAGGCCAGUUGACACUGCGCAACCUACGCUUGAAGAAAGGAGCGUUAGACAAGUUUAGAUUGCCCGUAGACGUCCUAGAAGGCCAUUUGGGGAAGUUCACGCUGUCCUUACAUUGGCUGAACCUGGGCAAUCAGCCAGUUGAAGUAUUGAUCGAGGAUGUCUACCUUCUAGUCGUCCCUUCCCCGCAGACGAAUGUUGACCCGAAGGAGGAGGAGGAACGAACCCAAGCGGCUAAAAUGGAACGUUUGGAGAAUGCAGAGUUGCUUCAUAUGCGCGGUCAGGCAGACGUAAUGCCAGGGGACUCGCAACAAUCGCAGGGUCUAAUCGCGUCCCUCAUCGCGAAGGUGGUGAACAACCUGCAGGUCACAGUGAAGAACAUUCAUGUCCGGUACGAGGAUAAAAUGAGUGUAGAGGGCCAUCCGUUUGCUGCUGGCAUUACACUCGCCGGAUUUUCUGCCGUGUCUACCAAUGAGCGGUGGGAAGCGGCCUUUAUUGAAAGUACCGCGGGUGCCAUACACAAGCUUGGAAAGCUCCAAUCGUUGGCAGUAUACUUCGAUACGGACUGUGAAAGCAUGGCUGGACUACCGCCGUCGGAAGCCAUCCAGCGUUUCACAGAUCUUAUCGCCACAGAGGCGAAUACUUCCCAACACCAGUUCAUAUUGAGACCCGUAACCGGAGAGGGUAGAAUUGUCAUGAACCAUAAGCUUGACAAGUCCACUCCUCGUUUCGACGUGCAGCUACUUUUCGAUGAAAUCGGGGUCGUUCUCGAUGAUAACCAGUACCGUGACGCGAUUUCACUCGUCGAAAUGUUCCACUUCUACUCGCGGCAGAAACAAUACCGAAGCCUGCGACCGACUCCCGAGGAGUUGAGUAAGAACCGACCCAGGGCUUUGCUUCGGUUUGCUGGGACAGCAAUAUUCUCGGGCAUCCAAGAGCGUAACCGCAAAUGGACCUGGGCUUAUUUUGCGGAACGACGUGACGAUCGUAAAAGAUACGUGGAGUUGUUCAAGCAGAAGUCGCUCGGGCCCCUAGUGGGCAAUGACUUGAAAAUGUUUGAGAGUCUCGAACGCAAGCUUUCCUACGAAGAUAUCCGAUUCUACCGUUCUAUAGCUCGUAGCCAAUUAAAGAAAGACUAUGUUGCCCGCAGGAAGAUUGAAGAGGAACGCAAGCAGAAGCAAGCGAAUCAAUCCCGCUCAAGUUGGAGUUCUUGGAUAUGGGGCUCUUCUGGUUCGGAUGGAUCCAAUGCGCAGGAACCUUCGUUCUCGGGCGAAAUGACCGAAGAGCAGCGGAAGGAACUCUACGAUGUCUUGGAUUAUGACGAGAAGACCGCUCUUGCCGAGUCCUUCGAAGCACCCCGAGACGCUUUGAAAGCCCGCAUCAAAGCGCAACUGCGACGAGGUUCUUUCGCACUUAAGGCGGAUCCUCACGGAAAAGCUGUAGAAAUCGUAUCAGUUGUAUUCGAUGCUUUCCAAGCGGACGUCAUCCAACGCCCUGAUAAUCUGGAAAUGUCCGUCUCGUUGGGGGGCUUCAGAGUGUUUGAUGGCACCACGCCAAAUACCCUCUAUCAUCAGAUCGUCCACGUCAAGGAUAACAUCAGCGAAGAUCCCGAAAUAACAACACAAGAAAAUCACGAGCCGUUCUUCUUCCUGAAGUUCGAGAACAAUCCUCUCGACGAGCGUGCUGAUACCGCACUUACAGUCCGGAUGCGCCACAUGGAGAUUAUAUACCACAGAGGCUACGUCGAAGCUGUCUAUAGAUUCUUCAAGCCUCCGAAGAGCCAAUUGGAGUCUGUUGAGGCCCUCCUAGAUGCCGCCAGUCAGACCCUCGAGGGUUUGCGAAAGGAAACUAGGGCAGGCUUGGAAUACGCCUUGCAGACUCAUAAGACUGUUGAUGUGCAUAUGGACCUCAACGCUCCCAUCAUCAUUAUUCCUGAAGACAUCACAACGAACGAAUGCAAACAUCUGAUCGUGGACGCUGGCCAUAUAGCUAUUGAGAGCGAUCUUGCGGAUAAGGCGGCCAUACGAGAGGUACAUCUCAAGCGAAAUCAGCAAUACACAGAUGCGGACCAGAAACGGCUGGAGUCUCUGAUGUACGACAAGUUGUUACUGAGAUUGGAAGCUGCUCAGUUUGUGAUCGGCAAUAACCUGCAAUCCUGUCGAGAUGCUCUUGCCGAGGGGACACACGACGAUCUCCAUGUAGUGGAGCGCAUCAACCUCGAUUUUCAAGUGCAAAACUCUAUAGUCCCAAGUGCAUACAGCCUUGCGCGAUUCAAAGUGUCCGGGACUUUACCUUCGUUACAGGUUAACGUGUCGGAUGUGAAGUACAAAUCCCUUAUGCGUUUGAUUGACGUCGCCAUUCCCCAUUUCGAUGACAUCGAUGCUCAGAGUCCCGAAACAACCGAAACUGUCAAGCAUACAUCCAUGACGUUCCCCCUGUCCUCCGGUUUGUUUGGGCCCACGGAGGCUGAAUAUCAUCUCGAUAGCGACGAUGAGGAAGCAGGAGAGGAGACACCUGCUGGUGAACAAGAAGAGUUCUUCGAGGUUGAGGAAGGAACGUCGCUGAUGCCGGAGCUGCGGCAGCACAUCUUUGAGUUCAAUUUCGCAGUAGCAGAGUUCUGCGUGUCACUCUCCAAAUGGAGCGCAGACGAAGGCGAAAAACCUUUGGGCAAGCUAAAUCUUGAAGGUUUCACGCUCGCCUUUGCAAUGGCCAAGUAUAAUAUGGGGGCGGACGUGAACUUAAAGGCUCUGUCCAUGGACAUCACACAACCAGGCAGAGAUCCUGUGAAAUUCGUGACCUCGUCCACUGGCGAAUCUUCAAGCAGUGAACAUCUGCUGACAGUGAAGUAUAGUCGUGCCGAUAAGGCCUCGCCGGAGUUCGACACGACUUUCCAGGGCGUAGAUCAAAGCGUAGAUAUCAAGAUAUCGACGUUCAUCUUCCGCGCUGCUCCGGAACCCGUUGUCUUGUUGUAUGACUUCAUCAUGUCCACUUUUGUACCGCAGCCACGAUCGGAUGGGCCGGCCAACACGCUGCAGGUCGAUGACGAGGGCAAGAAUGUUGACACCUCACCUUCCAAAAACAUCGGAAAUCCCUCUGAGAAGAUUCGAGUCGUUGUGAAGCUGGACAGUAUUGAAGUGAUCCUAAUAAACGAUGAGGUGCAGCUAGCCACGUUAUCGUUGUCAACGGCCGAUGUUUCCGUUCUCCUGCGCGCUGGCACGAUUCGUGUGAGCGGGAGACUGGGCAAUCUUUCCCUCAGUGAUGACUCCGCCUUAGGGACCGCAGUGCCAGAGUUCAAGCAAAUCAUGUCUAUUGAAGGUGACAACUUCGCGGUUUUCAGCUACCAAACCUACGACCCCAUGGAUGAGGACUCAUAUGUCGGCAUCAAGUCGUCAGUUUCAGUUGAAGCAGCGUCUGUCCAUCUUCACUUCCUCGAGCAGCCUCUGCAUGAUAUAUAUCUUUUCGUUGUCAAGUUGGCCAAACUCAAGGGGCUGUACGAUGCUGCAACUCAGGCCGCUAUACAGAGUGCGUCAGAAAUCGACAGGAUGCAUUAUCGUAUUUCCAUCAAGUCGCCUAUUUUGGUCUUCCCUUGCAACGUGGUAGAGUCCAAGGAUGUGCUUACGAUGCGAUUGGGCGAAGUCCAGGCUAGCAACGCGUACGAGGGUGACACCAAUAAUGUCGAUGCAAGCCUGCACGGAAUCCAGUUGGCAUCUACUUUUUACUACCAACAGACCGCGUCGAUAUUGAAAAUCAUCGAUGACAUCAACGUGAAUGCUAGAACUGUCCAGGCGAUUGGCAUCGACAGAGAGUCGGAGGCUGACCGACCAGAUACGCAGAUUGCUGUAACCACCUCUGAUAUUAAACUGCACCUAACACAAGUACAAUAUCGGUCUCUCUUGUCAUUGUUGACAUCCAUCCCCAAGGUCUUGGCGGGCGCUCCGGAGGGAUCUGCCCAGGCUGCCGAAUCGAGCGUGUAUAGUAGCUCAAGACAGGCAAGUUCGUCGACUGCCGGUGACGGUUUCGGCGAAGACCUCCGUCCCGAACUACAGCCUCUUCCUUCCCCUAACGGUACAAGACCUUGGACCUCUCUCGAUUUCGUGUUGGAAGUGAACAGUAUCAAGUUGCACCUCUACGAUGAGAGUGCCACCUCGACAGCAAGCCUCAAAGAGCAUGGCAUCGCUCGUUUUGCACUGAAUAACAACACCGCUCGAUUCAAACUGCUCUCGGACGGCGCCAGCGAAGCCCAGAUCAUUCUACAAUCGCUCACCAUGAGUAACACUCAACCAGGAAGCUCCAAGUUCCGGGAAAUCAUACCCGCUGCGCAGCACGAUCGCAAUCAGGUCAUGAUACUAUAUACAACCGCAGGUGGCUCACAGAAGUCGUCUUUGGCUGUUGCUACAAUCGACUCUCCCCAGUUUCUUCUUGCCAUCGAUCUGGUGUUUGCAUUGCUUGAUUUCUUCACGAGCGGCCUCCCAUCCAUGAACGCAGAGGGUCAAGAUAAUGCACAGGAAUCUCCAGCAGGAGACUCCUAUGGAGCCACUGUCGACUUUCGUAUUGAUCUUCAUGAUCUCUCCGUAAUUGUACUCGAAAAUGACGCAUUGACGAAUACUCAGGCCAUUCAGUUGUCGAUAAAGCAGGUUCUCGUGUCUCAACAGGGCAUACUCGCCGUGACUGUAGAGCGCUUGGGCAUGUCUCUCAUCCAGAUGGGAAAAGACUCGGAAAGAGUUAGUUUCUUGGAUGACGUGGAUUCCACUCUUUCAGUCGACAGUCGUAGCUCAUCCUCGGCGAGGCAAAUGACUAACAUUGAGAUGACAUCAAAGCCCAUCAUUUUCCGGGCUUCCUACCGAGACAUCAGCCUGAUAAUGACGAUCGUCAACAAGGCCCUGAAUUUGUACAACAAGUCCUCUCAAUCUGACGGCACAGGACAACGACCGCUUACCAGCCCCGGUGAACUCUCUGAGACGAGGAAAACCCGUAGAUCGAGCUCUUUCGCUGUACCGAAGUCAAGCCACCCCGCAACGGGCACAGUUGGGGAGGCUGAAGCUCUGAUUACGAAGGAACAGUUCACUGGUUCUUUCGAUGGGUUUCGUUUGGUACUCAUCGGGGAUAUUUACGAGCAACCCAUGCUACACUUGAAAGUGAAGCGUUUCAUUAUCGGUGCAAGGGACUGGUCCGGAGAGCUCCAAGCCACUACAACUGUUUCUACGCAGGUUAACUAUUGGAACCUGAGUAACUCGCACUGGGAGCCUUUGAUCGAUCCUUGGACCGUCAGUGCAUCAAUUGCUAGAGAUCGGGUGUCAAACGGUUUGUCCGUCAGGUUAGGAGCCCAAGACCGUCUGGAUAUGAACGUCAGUACCACUUUCAUGGAGCUGGUCAUGACUACGGCGAGGUUGUGGGGAAAGGAAGGAGAGCAUGUAUUGCAGAACGCUCGUGGGAGCUACGCUCCUUACCGCAUACGGAACCGUACAGGAUCUACCGUUUAUGUCUGGUCCGAUACAGAGAAUAGUUACGGCAGCGAGACAUCCGCCCUGACCAGGAGCCUAGCUGACGGCCAGGUGAUCGAUUGGAGAUUUGACGACUGGAGGACGAUGCGAGAGCAUUCCUCCAUAGGUCAUCAUAACAUCGGUGUCCAGUUUGUCGGGAAGCCAUGGGAGAAGCUUCGCAGUAUCCCGGUGGAUAGGGAAGGAGAGUUCACUUUCUCGCUCCGGACCCAAACCGACAAACACUUCAACCGUCUCUUGUGUGAAGUCCGCGUUCAAGACGACAAUGUCAAGGUGGUGACCCUUCGUUCAACGUACAAAGUGGAGAAUCAGACUCUUUAUCCUGUCGAGCUAACUAUGGUAGACGAAUCUGGGCGACCGGCCUAUUCGCUGGAGAAGAUUGCCCCGGGGCAAGACUUUUCCUUGCCUAUUGAAGCUGUAGGUCGCGCGAGAAUCAGACUUCAGCCGGACCAAGGCUUUGGUUACAAGUGGUCCUCUGCUAUCCCAUGGGAAGACUUGAUCUCUAGAAAAAACUUCACCAUUCGAUGCCCCCACGCGGAGGAAAGUGAGGCACCCUUUCGCUUCCAAGCGUCGGUCCAGACAGACCUCGCGGAACAUGUUAGUCGAAAACAUCCUAAGAUCCACCUCAAGCUACGAGCGCCAAUCGAGCUGGAGAAUCUACUGCCUUACAACGUGCAGUAUCGGGUAUACGAUAAAGAUUCCGACCAGAACUGGAGGAGUUACUUAAGACAGGGAGGUGUCAUGCCAGUGCACUCCGUAGAGCUGGCCCAUCUUGUGCUUCUCAAUGUGCACGUCGAAGAUACCGUGUUUCAACCAAGCGACUUUGCUAUCAUUAACAGUGAUGGUAAUUCCGACCUUGAUGUGGAUAGCAAAUUGAGCAUGCGUGACACCAAAGGACGGAAGUUGGAUUUACGACUGAAUUAUGUCCGUUACCCAGAGUCAGGUGGAGCGUUCAAAGUUCAAAUUUACAGCCCAUAUCUCGUCAUCAAUAAGACCGGCUUGCCGUUCUUCAUCAAGUGUAUACGCUCUGCUAGACCAAGCUCUCCACAAGAUGUCGCUGGAGAUACCAGGCCAGAGACCCUCUCUAGCCAAGUUCCAUUCAUGCUUUCGCAUCCUCAGGACAAGAGGCACGAAUUCACGUUCCAACUUGGGGGCUCUGUAUGGUCUAAGGCCGUGAGCCUAGAGGCACCCGCGGCGGAGACGAGACUCGUGCUGCAAUCUCAGUCUCAGAAGGGAAAAGAACUCCACGUGGGAUUAUCCUGGACAGAAGGCAGUGGCAAGUACAAGCUCACCAAAGUCAUUACGCUAUCUCCGCGUUUUCUUGUUAAGAACUGUCUCCUCGAACCUCUAAUUUUCCGUGAACAUGGAGUCCCACCUCAUGACCGGUCCAUGCUGCAACCUGGAGAACGAGCAUCACUAGACUGGACCAGGGUGGAUCAGGAAAAACUGUUGACGGUGGCACUUCCGGGACUAGACGCUGUUUGGUCACCGCCCAUCAACAUCGAAGACAUUGGGUCUGUGCACCUGCGACUCCGUGUACCGGGUGAAUCAAGUACUAUACGCCUUGUUAGAGCGGACGUCAAAAUGGGAGGUGCCACCAUAUUUGUAUCGUACUCGCCGGCUCAAGAUGGGUGGCCAUUUGUCGUGGAAAACGACAGCGAUUUUGAUUUCACAAUCGCUCAAGUGGAUGCCGCAUCCAUGGGAGUUCCACCGCAGGCAAGGAAUAGGCCAUCCUACACAGUGCAGAGACAUUCCUCGUUAGAAUACGCCUGGGAUUACCCUGCCGCGCGGGAGAAGAAAAUUCAACUCAGAAUCAAUGAUUCUUCCCGAGUAGUGGACAUCAUGGAGAUCGGCGAUCUCAUGCCUUUCAGGUUCCCGAUGUCCCCAGGUACCCGUACAGUCUCGCUGGACGUUAGGGCGGAUGGGCCGAAGCAGAUUCUACGCAUAACGAACUACAAUCCCGUCUUCAGCUUGUAUAAGCCAAAGCACCGCCAGUCUGCUUCUAUCUCGCGUUCCGAUACUACGAGUAGCCAGGACGCCUUCGAAGCCGUGACAGAACAAGUCGCACCCGCACUGAGUAUCAAUCUCGAUUUUGCUGGCCUUGGCCUCUCUCUCAUCAACCGGAGACUUGUGGAGGUCGUCUACUUGUCAGCGAAGGCUUUGAAGUUCGAAUAUUCCUCCAGCGACGUGGCACAGUCGUUGAAUCUCACUUGUGGCACGUUGCAAGUCGACAAUCAGUUGCAUGACGCAAUAUUUCCUGUUGUCCUGCAGCCCAGUCCGGUAGCUAAAGAAGCCAAUGGUGGUGCGGCAUUACCGACAAUUCAGGCCUCUGUUAUCUGGUUGAACGAUCAAGAACAUGGCGUGAUGUUUAUCAAGUACUGCUCGAUAUUGCUGCAAGCGUUGACGUUAGAGGCCGACGAGGACUUCGUGUUUGAGUUGUAUGAGCUGUCCCAAUUUAGGGGAGCCUCAUGGGAGGAAGCGCAGGAUGACACCCUCAUUCGUAACCCGGAUGGUAUACCCGAACCUGAGGAGGUAGCUGCUGGUCAAGAUCUUUACUUCGAGGUUUUGGAGCUUCAGCCCAUCAGACUCUCAAUAUCAUUUAUGCGUACCGAACGCGUCAGUAGUGAUGAGAGACUUAGCUCGAGGAAUCCCUUGGCAGUGCUUGUGAAUGCGCUCACUAUGACCCUCGGUAAUAUCAACGACGCCCCAUUGGAAUUGAACGCACUCGCUAUCAAGGACAUGCGAUUAACUCCCAACGAGCUUCAGAAUAGAAUCAUCUACCACUAUCGGCAGGACACGCUUCGACAGUUGUAUCGCAUCAUUGGAUCCGCUGAUUUCAUUGGGAAUCCUGUUGGACUUUUCACCAACGUCAGUUCAGGUGUCGCGGAUAUCUUCUACGAACCGUGGAAUGGCGUUGUCAUGCAUGGGAACAAGGAGUUGGGUAUUGGCAUAGCUAAGGGGGCUGCCAGCUUUGUUAAGAAAACGGUAUUCGGUUUGUCAGACAGCAUGACCAAAUUUACCAGUAGUGUUGGCAAAGGUCUUUCUGCUGCAACUUUCGACACUGAGUACCAAAACAGGCGCAGGAUGACCCAGAGGCGAAAUAAACCUCGUCAUGCCAUAUACGGCGUGACAGCCGGAGCAGAAGCGUUCGCGAACAGCGUAGCCAGUGGCGUUGAGGGAGUAGUAAUGAAGCCGAUCGAAGGGGCGGAGUCGGGCGGCGCGGUAGGUUUCUUCAAAGGCGUUGGGAAGGGACUAGUGGGGGCCGUAACCAAGCCAGUAAUUGGCGUCUUCGACCUGGCAUCCAAUGUAUCUGAAGGCAUCAGGAACACCACCACUGUCUUCGACAAUCCUGAACGAGACAGGGUCCGACUCCCUCGGCAUAUCCCAGCGGAUGGUGUAUUGGUUCCGUAUUGCGCGCAAGCAGCUUUGGGGCAAUAUUGGAUGAAAGACCUGGAUGACGGUAGAUUCCGACGGGAAAAUUACGUCGCACACAUCAAUCUACCAGGAGGGGACAACGUAGUGCUGCUCACAGCGGAACGGGUAUUGUCUUUCUGGUCUCGAAAGUUGCGAUUGGAAUGGGAACUUCCGUUCACGCACGUACGGGGUGUCACCAUCGAGGACACUGGUAUCCGUUUUGCUCACAAGGCCGGGAAAGAGCACGACAAGUUUGUGUUCAUUCCAGAUAAGGCUUCGCAGACGUGGUUUUUCAGUCAGGUGGCGGCUGUCGUGAAGUCAUUUAACGUGCGGAGACGUAUGGAUGCUUGAACUUGUAUCGUUAGCUAUGUUUUAUCCCACCAUUGUGUAUCCCAGACUAUGUAGACAGUGCGCGAAACUGGAAUUAACCUUAAACUCUAGACGACCGACGACGGAAGACAUCAGGAGUAUAUAUAAUCGAAAGGCAUCGAGAUGUACUAUAAGGGAAAUGAAUGAAAUAUAGGCCACAAAGAACGAAUAACGUCAGAUACACGAUGGUACUGAUGGCUUAGCGGUGACCGCCGACCUCCACAGCUACCGCAGAGAUACGCCGAGGUGACACAAUCGUGUCUUCCGUCAAGGUCGGGCUGGGUUGGUCCGCCGGAAUUCUGGCCGUCGCAGAACUCGAUACCCGUCGCCUUGACCUGAACUUGCCUUUGGCUUUUGGCAGAUCGGAUAAGGGUCCAACACCAAAAUCAUCAGCGUGAUCGUUUUCAGUGGGUUCUGACUCUUCUUCUUCGCUAACUUGUUCUCCGUUGGGGCCGGCAUAACUGCCGCGGGGACUGGCAGAGUAAGCGCUCUGGAAGUCCGUGUCCGAAUCGUCAGUAGUUCCAACACCAGGGGUCAAGGCGGGAGUUGACGGUGUCAAAGCAGAAGGGGAAGCAGGUCUCAUGGCACUCAGAGACACGCCCGAAGAUAUCUUCCUGAGCUUAGGCAGUUCGCUGGGCUUGGAAGGGGCAGCGAUAGGUGCACUCUGUUCCUCCAUAGACUUCACAGCAGCGACCGGGUCCGAGCCUUUCGCUGGCGGCUGUAAGGUCGCAGUUGAGACCUUAUCGUCAGGAGCGGUCGUACCACGAUCGGUCUGCGUGGAGGAUGUGGUCCCGCUCCUCAUACGAUUGUUUCUGGCAGGUUUCGGAGUCGCGCGGGCGGACCGAUGCGGGCGAGCAGGUACCGCUUCUGUCGAAUGCGACGAAUCGCUUGCGCUAUCUUGACUUGCAGAUCUCUCCUUUCGCCUUCGCGUGCGUGACUCGGCAGCUAAGGCUGUCUCCAGCUUCUGCUGUAUCUGUAGUACCUUCUGGGCUAUCUUAUCACUCCUCUCACUGAUUCCCUCGUCAACGGCUGUCAUGCCAUCCUGAGGCAGGUCUGUGAGCGUGGCAGAGAACCUCUUCUUCUUGGUGGGCGAGAGGGGAGCUUCUUCCUCGUCUUCCUGUAUGGUCCCUGUCUUCCUGUCAGACUUCACGAACGUAUCGUCCCCAUCGGACAAGUCCGCCAACGUGGAUUCCGUGCCGAAAGAACGGAUAUGCCUCGUCCUGGAGCCAUCCCCAGCCUGCCUCGAGCGACGCCCAGAAGCAGACGUAGACGACAUGCGACUGCCGGGCCUGGACCCAUCAUAAUCCGAGUCGUCGUCGUACAUCCCCGCAGCCAUGGACGCCAAAGCCUUCUCAAUUUGGGCUUCGACCUCGGCAACCAUGGCAGCACGCUCUUGCUCCAUCUUCUCCAUUGCCUCUUUCAUCUUCUGGAGCUCACUGACAGCCUCCUGAUGUGCAGCUUCCGUUUCUUUCAGCUGGUUCUGCAGUUUGGCUUUCUCGGCGGCUGUCAUGUGAAUGAUGCCAGACAACCUCUUGGUUUCCUUCUGCUCUUUGUUGAUCUUUCCGCGCAGGUCGUUGGCCUCGACGCUCAGCUUCUCCGCAUAUUGCUCAAAGGUCACGAACUUGUCUCGCCACAAAUCGGACUCCGUCAUCAAGAAAUUAAGCCUGCGAGACAAGCGACCAAUCUUGGUCUCCAGAUCAUCACGGGCAUCGACGAAGGCCAUGGCACGUUUGCGAAUUGACAGCUGAAUAUGGAGCUCGGCGGUGGACAACCUAGGCGGGCGCUUCACUGAACCGAAGGAACUGAUCCGUUUCAGCAAGGACGGCUUCUUGAACUUGUCCUGCAAGACGCUGUCGAACGCCUGGAUAAUUCUGGUCGAAUGCCACCAUUCAGGAGGUUUAAUGGUAUCUGCGACAGCAGUGGAAGCAGCGCCCCUCUUGGCCUGGAUCUUGCAUACAGGGCGGAAGCGGCCGGCGGGGAAGGCCUCUUUGAACUCGCUGGGGACGCAAUGGUCGGGGAUGUAAUGGGGUUCAAAGGCGGCAAGUAGCUUCUGGCGGUAUUUGUCACGCUGCUGCUUCAUGGAAACUACGCCCGGAGGAGGGGAUGCGCAGGACAGGUAGUUGAUGUCUAUAUCACAAAUACAAACGUCGGGAGCCGGUCGGACGCUAUACCGAGCCUCGGUGGAAAGACCAAUGAUCCAUGGUCCGGGAUCAUCAAUGUAAAUCUUGGCAUCACGAGAAUGAACUGCAGGCAGAGCAAUACCAUUCCAGCCGCGGAGCUCAACAAGGUAUUUGAUGGUAGAGACAGCAAUGCCGAGCAUUGCUGGAUGGCGGGAGACGAAUAGAACGCGGCCGGUGGGCGCGAGGGCAAUCUCGCAUAUAGUCAAGAUAUUAUCCACAUUCAAAGCCUUGAACAGCGGCCACAUGGUGAAAUUGAUGUCCACCAGACCCUUGCCAAAGUCCAAGCCACCGGGGAACCUGGCGAUGACCUCCAAAUUAGCCUCACCGCCGUCGUUCUUGGAGUUCGCGCUGGCGUCGAGCCGCACAAGGUCACCCGGCCUCGGCGCCGGGUGCGACAAGAUCUUGUGGAUCUGCAAAGUAUGCGACUGCACGUCCUUGGAGAACCGCGCCCACGAGAGCGUGAGGUAGUCCCGCAUGAGGUCGUAUAUCGGGUGCCGCGACACCAAAGUGAGCGCGUACGGCAGCCAGAAGACGGUGUCGCCGGGGAGGAACAGGGUGCUUUCCCCGGGCCCGUGGCCGGCGUGUCCGUUCACGGUGCUCGCGACCUCGAAGUCGCUCUCGCUCAUCGCGCCCUCGCCUUCGGUCAUGUCCCCGUCGAUGUCGGUCUCGCCGUCCGUAUUCGCGCCCGCCCACGGGCUCCGUGCGCUGCGCUUGGCGCGGCGGCGCGCC